AUGAAUGAAAUAUUCACUGACAAGGCGGAGAAUAGAGAGUUAUUAGUUCCUGGUUCUAUUAUUGCUUUGGGGAUGUUUUUUACUGGGAGAAUACUGACGAAUAAACAAAACUGGUCGCAUAAGAACUUAAAUAUCUUGGGGAAAUUGAGUACUUCUCUCCCUUCGAGAAUAUUGAUUCCUUGGACCAUGGCUGGCAUUGUAUUUUCCAAAUGGACACCUGUUGCUUGGGGAAAUCUUAUUAAGAAGGAACCUACAGGGUUAGUCCUUUCUACCUAUCACUCAAUAAAAAGCGGUUAUGAAGAAAAUGUAAUAAGGGUAAAGGAAAGUAUAUACAGAAACGCAGAUGAUUAUUUGCAAAGAAGUGUCAGGCAAGCUAGAAAAUCUAUUAUUAAUAAACUAAACGAUUAA